AUGUCACCGUUACUUGACGACAUGUAUAACGGGACUGCACCCGACUCAUCCUUUCAAGUAGUUGGAACAUUGUAUAGUAAUGGGUAUCAUCUUGUGGACGAGAUCUAUCCGGAGCGUGGUUGUUUUGUAAAGUCAUCAUCUUUUCCAAAUGAUCGUAAAAGGUUGAAGUUUAAGAGAGCUCACGAGAAGGCGAGAAAUGAUGUUGAACGAGCAUUUGGGAGUUUGAAAAAACGUUGGCGUAUUCUUAUAUAUUUUGCGCCUUAUAUGGAGGAAAAGAAAAUGAGUGAGGUGAUGCACACUUGUAUCAUAUUGCAUAAUAUGAUUCUCGAAGAUGAAGGAAGUGCAAUAUGUGAGUAUAACGAAAACGAGAUCGUUCCACCGACACAAGCUUUAGAGGUUGGAAGCGCUGAGUACAUGUCGAUGAGGGAAACACUUCAUGAUGUUGAGACGCAUCAUGUUCUUUGUAGGGACUUGACGGAACAUACUUGGACCGUCGACCGCAUCGAUCUUAACGCAAAACCGGUCGACGAAUUGGAAGGUCAAUUUUCCGAUGAAGACAUACCUUAG